AACACAACAACAUAAUCUGGGGAAUAUAGGGUACUAUAUAUAAGAGAUAUUGUGGCUCCACACUCAUUGGUUCUUCUGGCAUCUCUCCACUGUGAUUGCGAGCAGGUGCCAUUUAUCCAUGCUGACAUCAUCAUCAGGUCUCAAUAAUGUUGUACACUUAUUCUCUGAUGGUCAGGCUACAGUGGCUCAUAUUACACUCGGUAGAUCUAUUAGUCUGUGUUCAGUGGCGAGCUUAUAUCCUUUCCUUAUGAAUCACUCCCAAAUUUACUGUCUUCAUAUGCUCAGGAAGACUUGUGUUAGAUCUCAGGUCAUUAUUUAGCAGCACAUUAGCCCUCAGCCUGUCCAGGGUCAAAUUACAGCUCGUCCUGGCUGCUUGGCAACCUCCAAACAGUGGAGGAACUCUUACGACUGAAUAUAAACACUGCAUGUAUGUUUCUGCAUGUAGUCAAUAUUGUCUGUGUUUGUUUUAGGUCUGAGGUGUAUUUAUGUUUUUCAGCAGUCUGUAGAAGGUGCAGUUUUGAGCUUGUCCGGUUUUAGAUUAGCACUUCUCGGAUAUCAGAAGGAUGUAUCAGCGUGCAGAGAUAUGUAUGCCUCGGAAGAAGAGGGUACUGGACUCCUUUCGAUCAAACACCUACCGAAUCUUUGAUGAAAAUGUCCCAGAGCGGUUAAAACCAGACCAAAUCUACAAGGACCACAGAUAUGCUUCCAGAGACGCAGAAGAAACUGAGCUGCAGAAGACACACAACAUCCCCCAGCCUUCCAAUGCCAAGUUUAUCAGGACCAACGUAAAAUUCCUGAAUGAACCUGUUGCUUUUAUGGAAACUGAGAGUACAGUGGCUGACCAGUUUAACUGCUGUCCGAAUACUGUGGACAAAGAUGUGGCUAGAAAGCCAUUGUACAGCACGGAGACCACUCAGAGAAGAGACUUCCAAGCCAUCCCGCACACUCCAGUCACCGAGGUUAAAGGAGAGAGGAGGAGUAGGGCUCCAGCAACUGGAAUCAUUCCGACUCUGGCCCCCCUUGGCGAACCUAAAGAACUUGUGGAGCUCAUGUCCUUCACUCCGCAGUUUGAUUCCAGAAAACUGCAGGACCAGCCAGACCAGGGAAAACGUCAUGGAGCGUUUGUCUGGAGUGAGAAGGGGAGUGAGGGGGUCAGUGAGGGGGGCCGGCACAUUCCAGAGCACGGAGGGGCUGAAGUCUUCCCAGCAUGCUCCUCUCUCCCUCUCCCCCCUCAGCAGAUGUGUGUGUCCGCAGGGGCCCUCUCCGCUCGGCCAGGCCCUGACGCCACUGGCUCCCACUGAGUGCUGCAGAAAACUGAGGGGGUAAAGGAGGUUACUGCUGCUCUCUCAGGUGGGCCCGACAGAGAUCAAAGACCUGACCUGAGUACAGUGAAGACCCAUCUUUCGGUCCAUCCUGUUGCCACACCCACUGCGAGCAUCCUGACUUUGGAUAAAGUUAUUUCUCACUGAAUCUCCCUGCAGCCGGCGAGAGUGAUUUUUCUGGGCCCAGUUUCCCAAAAGCAUCUUAGCAUUAAGAGCUUUACUGAACUGGGAGAGAGAGUGUUUAAUGUGAUGCUCGCUCCACCAUUUGCAUUUAUACGCUGCUUUGAUGCUUUUGGGAAAGCCAGGCCUGGUCAGUGAUUGUGGAGUUGUUGUUUUUGUUUGCUUGUAAACAUAUUAUAUAACAUAGUGAUUUACUGCCUGAAUAAAUACAUGGUAUGGACAAAA